AUGAGUGCCAUUCGAUCUUCUUCAUCGGCACUUCUUCUUAUUGGGGGCGUUGCAACCCUUCCCGGGGCCGCCUCCGUCCGCAAUCAGUUUCCACAGCGCACCUCCGCAUCGCACGCGGCCAAUGCAGAACUGGGGUAUAUGCAGCAACCCCUGGGCCCAGCCAGCAACUGGACCGCACCAUCACCGACACAAAACGCUAGCAAGAGGAGCUCGGGGCCUUCAACAGCGAUACUUGGUUGGCAGAGCCAGGCUUUAUGA